CACAAAAACACACAAGACAUAAUCCCCCGGGCCUCUGGGAGGAUCUGUAGUUCGAGACGUGGGGCGGCGGCCUUUGCUGUGAAGGGAGGUGACGUCACGGCGGGACUACAAACCCCAGGUGGCCGCGCGGCGCAAGACCCCGGAUAGAAAGCGGGAGGCCGGAGGAAGAAGGAGACAAAAUGGCGGCGUUGCCGCCGCCGCCCGCCCUGAGGGAUAUGGAGGUCGCCGCCUCCCUCCGGCAGUGCGCCGCCCAGCUGGGCCCGCAGACCGAUCCCGGUCGCCGCCUCCAGGCCCUGUUGGCCCUGCGCACCAAGCACUUGAAGGAGGCCGGGGCGGCCGAGCGGUUCCGCCGGGCCGGAGGCGUCCGGGCGCUGGUGGGGCUGCUCCUGCGGGACGGGGCGAGGCCGGGGAAGAAAGAGCUGGAGAUUGGCCUCAGCAUCCUGGCCAACUGCUGUACCCAGGAGGGGGCCCGCAGGGAGAUUCGGAAACUGGGUGGGAUCCCUCCCUUGGUGAACAUAUUGAAGGGGUUCAGUCUGCUGAGUGUACAGAACAGGGCAGCACGGGCUCUGGGUAACCUCGCUCUGGAAUCUGAGAACUCAGUCAUCAUCCAUCAGUCAGGAGCGGUGCCGCACCUGAUCGGCUUGCUGAGCGCCACCGAGGAUGCGGACUGCCUGCAGACGGCGGUGCGGACGCUGCGGAUCCUGUCGGACACGCCCGCCCACCGCCGCUCGCUGACCGCCCAGGGCUGCGUGGCCCCGCUGCUGGGGCUGCUGGGCCGGGAGGAGCCGGGCCUGCUGGGGGCGGCAGCCCGGGCGGCGGCCGAGCUGACCCGCUCCUGCGGCGCCCCCUGCGCCCUGCAGGUCUCCCGGCACGGCGGGGUCCCCCUGCUGGCGGGGCUGGCCGCCCGGGGGGGCCGGGGAGUCCGGGAGGGGGCCCUGGCCGCCCUGGGCAACCUGUGCGGCCAGGGCUUCCUGCGGCCGGGGGUCGGCGGGGCCGGCGGCGUGGGGCUGCUGGUGGGGGCCCUGCGCUCGGACCCCGGGGCCCCCUCGGCCCCCGCCCACCUCCGGGCCCUCUGCCUGUGCUGCCGGGAGGCGGUCAACCGGGCCCGGGUGCGGGAGGAGGGGGGCCUGGACCUGCUGCUGGCCCUGCUGAAGGAGCCCGGGCACCGGGCCAGCCGGCCCCGCAUCCUGGCCGCCCUGCUGGGCUUCUUCUACGACCAGCCGGCCAUGGACUACCUCCACGCCCGCGGCCUGGUGCCCGUGCUGCUGGACGAGCUGCUGUCCCUGGCCGGGCUGCGGCCGCCGGCCGGCCUCCCCCCCCAUCCCUGCCCCGAGGAGCCCGAGGACGAGCGCCAGGCCGCCUCCUUCGACUACCCGCCCGACAGGCCCAUCGCCGGGGAGGAGCAGCCGGCGGAGGCUUCAUCCAGCUUCCUCAGCCUCAGGUCCUGGCUGGUAUCAGAAGGUUACAUCGAGAGCCCUGACGAAGUGCUGCCUGGGCCCCCGGGCGAGACGGAGAUCACCCCCCAGCCCUUGCUGUCGCCGGGAGAGCGAGCCGAGCGGGAGGGGCUGGACGGCGGCCCGGCUGAGCGACCGGGCGAGGCGUCGCCGGGCGCCGCCUAUCGCCCCCUGCUGGCCUUGCCCCUCUCGCCCGCCGAGUCUCCCGCCACCCCUUCCUCCCCCUCCUCCUCCUCCCCCCCUCCCCCUCCUCCUCCUCCUCCUCCUCCCACCCCCCCGGAGCCCUGCCUCCCCGAGGCCCCGGUCCUCCUGCUGCUCUCCCGCUUCUCGCAGGCGGAGGACCCGGCCCCGGGGCUGGUGACGGAGGGCUCGCUGCGGGCCUUCCUGGACUACCUGACCCUGGCCCGCCCUCCCGGUGCCCGCUGCGCCCGUCUGCUGGCCCGUCUCGCCUGCAACCCCAACUGCCUGGAGGCCCUGGUGCGCGGCCGGGCUGUCCCCCUCGUCCGGGCUCAGCUCAUCCACGGACUGCGACCUGGGGCGCCGCUGGAGGGGACCGAGAUCGCGGGGCGAGAACGGGGGGAGCAGUGGACCUUCGUCCGGCGGAACAGGGAGUUGGGCGAGGUCCUCCUGAGGAACCUGAGUGUCCAGGCAGAGUCUCCGUUUGGUGCAGGCACCCUCACUCACAUGCUGCUGUCCAGCUCUCAGUCUGAGAGGGAGGCGUGCGCCAUUGCACUGCCCCUACUGUGUCGGUGA